CGAAUGAGUAACGAAAGAGAUAAAUCAGAGAAAGACUUUAAUCAAGUUCAUAUAGUAGGACUCAGGAGGACAAUUGCACAAACUUGGCAAACUACGACUCAGACAAACUCAAAAGUGUCCAAAGGCUAUGGAUGGACAUGUGAAAAUCAGUACUUAAUCCUAAGAGAAUGGAAGAAAGACAUCCACGCAUCUCACCAAGAUUUGGAAGAAUUGGAUUUUUGGGCGCAGGAGUGUAAUGUCCCUAUCCACUGGAUAUUAGUUGAUUUUGGGUUAAAAAUUGAAAGAGACUUUAAGCAAGUCAAGGAUGUGGUAGUACCCCAAGGAGGAAAUCUAGCAGGUAAGUGUCUCAGACUUAUUGUCACAGUUGAUCUCACUCAGCUUAUUCUAAGAUGUACUAAUAUUCAGUUGGGAUCAAGGAAAAUCACAGUGGAAUUCAAUGGGCCCACUUAUGCUACUAUUGUGGGCACAUUGGACAUCUGGACAGAAAAUUGUGGAAAAAGGGGCUCAUAUAUUAUUUCAGUGAAUUUGACAGAAGGUAGGUAUGGAGAUUGGAUGAAACUUGAGAGCCCAAUCUUUCCCAUCAACCAUGAGCAGGAGCCUAAAAGCUCCACCUCAGAUUUACCUACUCAAAACAAAACAAUAAAUAACCCCUCAACCAGUAAAAACUUAGUGGAAAUUCAAGAACCAAUCUCUCAAAAUCAGCCUAAAAAACUGACUCCUCAAAUAUCCAUCCCUUUAACUGUCAUCAAUCCUCCUCUUGAAGUUUCAUCAACACAAAUAAUAGGGGAGAUCACAACCACUUACCUGCCUGAACCAACACUAAUAAAGCCAGUUCAUCAUUUUGCCGAGUUGCUCUCUGUUGUGGUUAACCCAAAUAAA